CAAUGCCGGUGCCAGAUCAGCCUGCAGAGCAGGAGAAGGGGGCCAUGGUUCCCCCUGUGAUGCCAUCAUCCAACGGCGACAGAUCUGAGCCGGAGACGACCUCUUCAAUCCUCGCCUCUGUCAAAGAGCAGGAGCUUCAGUUUGAACGGCUGACCAGGGAACUUGAGGCUGAGCGUCAGAUCGUUGCCACCCAGCUGGAGAGAUGCAAACUUGGAUCAGAGGCAGGCAGCAUGAGCAGCAUCAGUUCGACGGAUGAGCAAUUUCGCUGGAACGCUCAAGCAGACGGACAGAAGGAUAUCGAGGAUGAGUUGACCACGGGUUUGGAGUUGGUGGAUUCCUGCAUUCGCUCCCUUCAGGAAUCAGGGAUACUGGACAGUGCAGAACGACCCGCUCUCCUUUCCCAGAGUUCCUUGCAGCUCAACUCCACCCCGGAGGCUUCGCUCCAGUACUCUGCCAGCUACCAUAGCAACCAGACCCUCGCCCUUAGCGACAGCAUCUCCGCAGCAACUCCUCAGCGCAGCGGGCAGGUUGGAGGAGCUGUGCACAGCUACAACCAGGUGACAUCCAGCCGUGCCCAUCAUCAGCAAUCACAAAGCGGGGCGGGAUCAGGUAUCUACUACUCCAGCUCCACCUUGCCCGCCCAGCGUGUCAGCUCUCCUCUGUCCGGAGGAAGAGGAGGCUCAGGGUCCAGUUCCCCCAGCAAGCUUCAGCGCCUGGGAUCAGCCUCCGAUGCGCCUGGGUACGCCACCACUGAACGCCUGCCUUCCUCCUCCUCUCCCAACAAACAGUCUACCGCUAAUCGACUGGCCAAGUCUUACAGCACCACUGUUGCCGUGACAACAGCAGGAGGGGCCGGGUCUCCCCUGAGGGUGGCAUCUCCACCCAACUCUACAGCAGCGGGGGGAGGGGCCAGCUCAUCAUCGUCGCCUCUUCACCAGAUGAGUUCAGGCAUAGGGAGCUAUGCAACUCUGUCUCCCAAAAGACUGGCAUCACACCACGCCUCCGACCAGUACAAGAUCGCCCACGAGCUCUACGCUACAGCUACGCUGCAGAGACCUGGCAGUCUAGCAGGCUCUCGUGGCUCCUACAGUAGUCAGCAUAGUCAGGAGCCCCUUCGGCCCUUGGGGUCCCCAGAACACCACAUAGAUCCCAUCUAUGAAGAACGUGUCUAUCACAACAAGGGCCCCAUGAGGAGCCUCAGCCAGAGCCAGGGGCCGGACACAGGCUCCUAUCGCAACAACACCGCUCCCUCCUCCCCUGGUGUCGACUCCGCCCCUUUGCAGCGCACAGCCAGUCACAGCGCCGGGACAGGAAACUACAGCCGUGGCGGGACCAACAACUAUGCCACAGUGGGCCCGGGCUACACCUCAAGCAAUGUCGGCGACGUGUACGGCUCAGACCCAUAUGUGGCCGACCCCUACCGCACCCUGCAGUACUGCCCCUCUGUGGUGGAUUCACCCUACAGCAAGUCUGGACCAGCCCUACCGCCCGAAGGCAGCAUGCAGCGCUCGCCUUCCAUUGACUCUAUUCAGAAGGACCCAAGAGAAUUCGGAUGGAGAGAUCCGGAGCUGCCAGAGGUGAUCCAGAUGUUACAGCACCAGUUCCCAUCGGUGCAGUCCAAUGCAGCAGCCUACCUACAGCACCUCUGCUUCGGAGACAACAAGAUCAAAGCUGAGAUCCGUAGACAGGGAGGCAUUCAGCUGCUGGUGGACCUCCUGGACCACAGGAUGAGCGAGGUGCACCGCAGCGCCUGCGGAGCCCUGAGGAACCUGGUGUACGGCAAAGCCAACGACGAGAACAAAAUAGCUCUGAAGAACUGCGGGGGGAUUCCUGCUCUGGUCCGCCUGCUGAGGAAGACUGGAGACGUGGAGAUCAGAGAGCUGGUCACAGGUGUUCUAUGGAACCUCUCAUCAUGUGAUGCUCUGAAGAUGCCAAUCAUUCAGGACGCCCUGGCUGUUCUGACCAACAGUGUCAUCAUACCGCACUCUAGCUGGGACUCCUCCCCCAAUCACCAUGAUGACCGCAAGCUCCACCUCCACACCUCGCAGGUGCUGCGCAACGCUACCGGCUGCCUCAGGAAUGUAAGCUCUGCAGGUGAGGAGGCAAGACGAAGGAUGAGGGAGUGUGACGGCCUGACAGAUGCUCUGCUCUACGUCAUUCAGACCUCACUGGGCAGCGGCGAGAUCGACAGCAAGACCGUAGAGAACUGCGUUUGCAUCCUGAGGAACCUGUCGUACCGCUUGGCUGCCGAGACGUCCCACGGCCAGCAGGGGGGGCUGGAGGAGCUGGACAGCCUGCUUUGGGACGCCAAUGGUCGCGAUGGAGAGAGCUCCGGAUGCUGGGGCAAGAAGAAGAAGAAAAAGAAGGGUGUUGACCAGUGGGAUGGCGUGGGCCCGUUUCCAGACACAGCGCAGCCUCCAAAAGGGGUUCAGAUGCUGUGGCACCCGACCAUCGUCAAGCCCUACCUCACCCUGCUGUCUGAAUGCUCAAAUCCCGACACACUGGAGGGAGCAGCCGGGGCUCUGCAGAACCUGGCUGCAGGCAGUUGGAAGUGGUCGGUGUACAUCCGGGCUGCUGUGCGUAAAGAGAAAGGCCUUCCCAUCCUGGUGGAGUUACUGAGGAUAGACAACGACAAGGUGGUGUGUGCCGUGGCCACCGCGCUCAGAAAUAUGGCCCUGGACAUAAGGAACAAGGAGCUCAUUGGUAAAUAUGCCAUGAGAGAUCUGAUCCAUCGGUUACCAGGCAGUAGCAGUAGCAGCAACAAUAACGCCACCAGCAGUGGGACCUCUGGAACCACAGGCCCUCCCAGCAAGGCCAUGUCGGACGACACGGUAACUGCCAUCUGCUGCGCGCUGCAUGAAGUCAUCACCAAGAACAUGGAGAACGCCAAAGCUCUGCGCGAUGCCGGCGGCAUCGAAAAACUCAUCGGCAUCGCCCGCAGCAAAGGAGACAAACACUCAGCGAAGGUGGUGAAGGCAGCCUCUCAGGUCCUCAGCAGCAUGUGGCAGUACAGAGACCUACGCUCCCUCUACAAGAAGGAUGGAUACUCCCAGUAUCACUUCGUAGGCUCUGCCUCAACGAUAGAGCGAGACAGACAGAGGCCCUACUCCUCCUCCCGAACUCCGUCCGUCUCCCCCGUCAGGACGUCCCCAAAUAACCGCUCAGCGAGCGCACCAGCCUCCCCCAGAGAGAUGAUGUGUCUGAAGGAACGUAAGAUGGACUACGAUGCCACGGCAACCAACGCUGGUUUCCAUAGCAACAAAGGCGAGCACACAUCCCGGAAAGACGGCAUGGCAGUUCAAGUAUCAUGCGGGACGUCUACAUUGUUCCGAAACUCUUACCUGACUGCCAGUGAUGAUAUCAAGCAAAACCAGAUUCCAGCCCAGCCCUGCGUUGUGCCCCCCCAGCCCCAGCAGGACAGCCCGUCAGCAGCCGUGCUAAAAGACUACGACCCCUACCCCGCCCCUCCUUCCUUCCCGCAGCCGCCGCAGCCUCCACCUCACAGCCAGAGCCGGAGCUUCGACGAGGCCUACUACGAGGACCAGGGGCCGCCACCGCCUCCGUCCCAGCCACAGCCGCAGAUACAGGUGCAAGUUCCGGCCCAGCCUCAGGCCCAACCCCAGCAGCCGCCGAGCUCGACCGGGCCGCCCCGGGACCCGCGGGAAGACCUGCGCAUGCACCUGGGCCUCAAAUCCACUGGCAACUACGUGGACUUCUACUCAGCCUCUCGACCGUACAGCGAACUGAACUAUGAGACCAGCCACUACCCAGCCUCGCCUGACUCCUGGGUCUAG